UUCAUUGCCAUAAUUUUUAAAUACUGUUUAUUUAUAAGAGCACAAACAAAAAUAUUUGCUAAUAAAUUAACUAAGAUUUAUUUUGAUUAGGUGUUUUUUUGUAAAAUGGAUUUGAAAGAAAUCAAAGUACUUACAAAACAAGCAAGAGCAGCUCUUAGAGAAAAAGAAUAUAAAACUGCUUUGAAACAUUGUAAAGAAAUUUUAAAAUUGGAUAAACUGAAUUAUAAUGCUUGGGUAUUUAUUGGUGUUUCUGCUCAAGAAAUAGAACAACCAGUUCAAGCCGAAGCAGCCUUUCGUAAAGCUAUUGAAAUAUCACCUGAUCAGCUUCUGGCUUGGCAGGGUUUAUGUCAGUUUUAUGAAAAAAAUGAUGGAAAAGAAUAUAAAGAAAAAUUAAUUGGAACAUAUAUUGAAACUUUAAAACUUAUGAAAGAUGAUAAGAAUAAACAACUGGAAGUUAUAAAGAAACUAUGGGAGAUUUAUAUUCAGUUAGACAAAGCAAAACAGUGUCUAGACAUAGUUCAAGCAAGAAUAGAAGCUGCCAAUGGAAAUGCUUUAGAGAAAAACAAUUGUUGGUUUGAUACUUUAAAGAUCUUAGAAAACCAAAAAGAAUUAUCUCAAGAAGAAAAAAUUUUGUUACGAAGAUGUUACAAUGAAUUAAUCCAAAGUGAAAGUGUGGAGAGAAAAGAAUUAAAUUUGGAUGUUUUUAAAAAUUAUCUCCAGCUUUUGAGAAAGGAAAAUGAAUAUGACAAAAUAGUUUCAGUUUUAAAAACAUAUAUGAAAAAUUAUUCUGAAUCAGAUCAAGUAUUAGAACAUUAUUGUGUUACAGCAGUAGAAAUGUUUAUAGAAAGAGAAAUUAUAAUGGAAGAAACUUUUGAAAUUGCUAAUUCUUUACGUUUGAAGACUGCAUCACCCAUUGUUUUUUUGGCAUUGGGAAUAGUAGCCGAUUUAAAGAGAGAGUAUUCAGAUGCUAUUGACUUAUAUAAAUCAUGUUUGAGUGCAAAUGAAAAGUGCAUAAGUGGAUACUUUUUAUUAACUAGAACAUUUUUAAAGAUUUACAAAUAUUCUGAAGCUAAAUCAGCUGCUUUGACAGGGUUGAAAUUGGAACUAUCAUCUAAAUCUUCAGUUACAGUGAACAUUAGAAACAUGUUGCAUUUAUACUUAGCAGAAGCUCUAGCUGGACAGCAUAUUUGGAAACAAGCUCUUCAGUUUUUAGAUAAGGCAAUGGCGAAAUUAGGAAGGACCCAAAAAUGCCUCGAAUCAUUAUGCAAGAUCUAUUUAAAAAUGAAUGAAAUUGAUAAAGCUAAAGAGUUAUGUGCAGAAUUAAGAACAAAUGGAGAAUGUUUGCAGACACUUCAGUUAGAUGCAGCCAUUCACAUUUUUGAAAAUGAUUAUAAAGAAGCUGAACAUAAAUUGCAGAAAGCGAUUGGUUUAAAAUACGAAGGUUCCACACUCUAUUUAUUGGGACUUUUAUACUGGAAUACAUCAAGAACUAAAGAAUCUUUUGACUAUUUUAUGAAGGUGAUAAUAUUAGAAAGAGAAAAUUAUAUAAUUUAA